AGACUUAGGUAGACUGGCGCGAGGCAUCGUGACCUGGCACAGCGCAAGUGGACGACAAUGUGAAAUUUUGCAGAAAUACAUCCCUCGAAUUGCUUUAUUAAUUGGCAAUUUUCACGUCAUACAUUUUGGAAUUAGAUCUUACACCAAGGCAGAGGCAUCUGCAAGGCAUCCAUCAUGGACGGUAUGUCCAGUAUUGGUAAAGGUCGCCAAUCACCUGACCAGUGUUCACCGGGAUCUGGAUACUAUUCGAUCAACUCCAUAUCGUCCAUCCAGUCCCCCACCAGCACCAUGGGUUCCCCACCCCCGAUGUCAAACUCCCGCAACAUGGGCUCCCCACCCCUCAUCACCUCCCCACCCCCUCUCCACAGCGGUAUGAUGCACUCCCCGGCAAUGCAGUCCCCUACCCUGAGCAGUAUGGGUGGGUCUGUGUCCUCCGUCUCCUCCCAGGAGGACAUCAAGCCUAUGAUUGGACCCUCGGGGAUCCCCACCCACCCGAUGUCUCAGUCCAUGAUGUCACACAUCUCCUUGUCCCCGUCCUCAAUGCUGAAUCAGGGGGCGCACUCCCCGCUAGGAAUGCCGGGCUCCUCCUUGAACAAAGGCAUCUGUGCAGUCUGUGGAGACAGGGCCUCUGGUAAGCACUAUGGUGUCUACAGUUGUGAAGGCUGCAAGGGGUUCUUCAAGAGGACAGUCAGGAAGGAGUUGAGUUACUCGUGUCGAGACGAUCGGAACUGCAUCGUGGACAAACGUCAGAGGAAUCGCUGCCAGUACUGCCGCUACCAGAAAUGCAUUGCCAUGGGCAUGCGCAGAGAAGCUGUGUGUCUUGCAGCUGUUCAAGAGGAGCGACAACGGAAGGAGAAGUGCCAGGGGGAAGGGGAGGUUGAGAGCACUAGCUCCGUCAACAACGACAUGCCGGUAGAGAAAGUGCUGGAGGCUGAACUGGCUGUGGAACCCAACACAGACACAUAUGUCGACACACCGCAUGACCCUGUUACCAACAUUUGCCAGGCAGCGGACAAGCAGCUCUUUACGUUGGUGGAAUGGGCCAAGCGAAUCCCGCACUUCACAGAACUACCUCUGGACGAUCAGGUCACACUCCUCAGAGCUGGCUGGAAUGAGUUACUGAUCGCGGCGUUCUCGCACCGUUCAAUUGCCGUCAAGGACGGCAUUCUCCUGGCCACUGGUCUGCAUGUGCAUCGGAACUCCGCCCAUCACGCAGGCGUGGGCACCAUCUUUGACCGGGUACUGACGGAGCUUGUGGCUAAGAUGAGAGAGAUGAAGAUGGACAAGACGGAACUGGGCUGCCUCAGGGCUAUUGUCCUCUUCAAUCCAGAUGCGAAGAACCUGAACUCAGUGCAGAAGGUGGAGGAGCUGAGGGAGAAAGUCUAUGCCUCCUUGGAGGAAUACUGUCGGAUGCAGUAUCCAGACGAACCGGGCCGCUUUGCUAAGCUGCUGCUGCGUCUGCCGGCGCUACGCUCCAUCGGCCUCAAAUGUCUGGAACACCUCUUCUUCUUCAAGCUGAUCGGGGACACGCCCAUCGACACGUUUCUCAUGGAAAUGCUGGAAGCCCCUAGCAACAGCUGAGCCCAUUGGCUGACGGGAAGACCAAGCUUUGUAUCCGAACAGUCUGUGGUGGUUUGUUUGUUUGUUUAAUUGUUUGUUUUGUUGAUGUCUGGAAAGAAAAAACAACAACAAAAAAAUGUGAUUUGUGGUACACAGAUGCAAUAUAGAAUACAAUCUGUAAAAGGAGGAAAUUUGUCUAGGUACUUUGGGAAUUUUUUUUGCAACACAAGUAGGGCCCUCUUAUGCACAUAUUCUCACUCUCACAGCAAUUACACUAUUUCCACACUUGUAAAAUAUUAGAAAUAUCCACAUGUGUUGUACUGUUCAAAUUCGGAGACUCCUAACAGCAUUUUGACAGCUGGGCUUUGAGAAAUGUGACAUAACUUUUUUUGUCAAUGAAGAAUUCACCCACAAAGGAUCAUGUUUUAAAUCCCUACUUGUGCAUAAUUUGUGAAAUUGUACAUAGGCUAACCCAAUUCAUGUUUCAAAAUAUUCGGUGAAAUUACUUUCGUUAGAUGCUUGAAUUCAGUUACUUUUCCUAGAUUCUAUAUAGAAGCAUGCUUUGAAUAACGUAAUGAAAUCAACUUUGUGUUCUAGUCCAUGGAUCAUUGGUUUUUUUUGUAACAGAAAGUGUGGAUUUGCUUUUCAAUUACACAGCAUGGCUUGAGGAGUUACUUCGUACAGAGUCACUCUUAAAAUAAUGCUCAAUUCAAAAGGUUCCCAAUUUUAGAAGUUGAAAUAUUUUCCAUGUUCAACUUUAAACUAAACAUAAAAUGUUAUCCAAGCCUCUAUUUUAAAAUCUGAAUUGAAUUUUACAGCUUGAUUGUUUCUGAAUCCCCAAAUGUUUAAUUUUGCCAAAGUCGAAGCAGUGAAAAUUUAAUGUGGAGAAUAUG